AUGUCACAGCAAGGAAACACACUGACAAAAAAAUUUAAUAGAAGAGAGAUCAUGGCAAUGCUUAAGCUUCUUAAUGGACUUUCUUCCGACAAAAUUGCGAAAGACAGCAUCUUAAUAACAACAAGGAUAAUGUAUUCAGAGGAAUAUCAGAAAAGCAGAAGCAUAGCCGUGUACCUUAGUGGACCAAAUGAAUUUUCAACAGAAUCUAUAAUUCAUGAUAUAUUUAGCAAUGGAAAAAAAUGUUAUGUUCCGAGUCGUAUUGGAGAGAGGAUGGAAAUGGUCAAACUUGAGUCUUUGGAGGAUUAUCGUUCAAUUGGUCCAAACAACUUGGAUGAAUUAGGUUUCUUAAAACACAAUAACCAAAACCGAGAAAUUGGAAUUGCAUAUGAUUUUAAUGGUAAUAGACUUAGUAACGACAAUGGUUCUUACGAUGGUUAUUUGGCGAGAUGUCAAAAAUGGACAACACCACCAAAAACUAUGGCUCCUGCCUUUGAUGUCCAAAUAUUAAGGGAAGAAGAGCUUCCAGUAACUGAAUAUGCUCAAAAACCUGAUAUCAUUUUAACACCAACACAACUUCGUGGUUCUCGAUAUACCGGAUAUUGCUUUGUACGGAGAAUUAUAAUGGAACCAAAUUAUGAUUUACUAUAA